AUGCACAGUCGUUCGGGCUACUCUCCUAGGCCCGAUUCCCACCGACGCUUCAGAGAUAAUGAUGAUUAUCAUGACUACAAUUCUGAGUUCCAGACUUCAAGAUUUGAUGGAUAUGGAUAUCAUAGUAAUGCUAAUAAGAACAGAAACCAAAACAGUAACCGGCAUCCACGGAAUGAUGGAGGAUUUCUACAAAAAAUAGACGCAAUAAAAAGAGAGCUGAAUCGCAUCUCAGAUGAAUAUGAACGAGAAUGCAACAGGGUUGAAUCUCGUCAAAAUCACAGCAGACCUCCAAAUCAAAACUCGAGUGAGAGAAAGUGGGAGUCUCGAGAACAGCAUUACUAUGGAAAUCGCCGUCAAGAUAAGGAAACAAUUCAACGGAACUCGGAAAAUAGAAGUCGUGAAGACUCAUACCGUUGGACUGAACGAGAUCAACGUAACUACCGGAACUCAAAAUGUUCUCUUGAGAGAGGAAACUUUGAGUUGAGGGAUACAGACUCCAAUUAUUCGAAGAAAUACCAAAAUCUCAGAAAUGGGAGGAAUACUGACAAUGGGCACAACAACGUCCGAGAUCGGCAGAACUAUCAGCAGGGAAAUUCUUUUAGACGUCGCGAUGCAGCUUUAGAUUUCUAUCCGCCUGAAGGCAAUUAUAGGCACACAAGAAGUGAUUCAGAGGAAAGCCUGGAAAGCGAAGACAGCUUUCAUGAAAGCCAAGACACUGGGUCUUCUGAUUAUACUGAAACGUCACCAGUACGGAAUUCAUAUGGGAGAACCCGUGAAUCCGAAAAUAGUAACAACGGUAAUAAUCGUGGUCGAUACUCCAAACGGUAUCCAGAUCUACUAGGAUUUCCAAAAUCAGGAGAAUCGAAAAAUUGGAGUUCUGACUAUCAGCACUCAAAUUGUUCCGUCAGGGGAGAAUCUGGAUACAGAGAUGCGGAUACAAAUUCUUCAUAUGAUAACUAUAACGGGAAAAACAGAAAUGGAAGGAAUAUUAAUUAUGGGGACCAUAAAGAACAUCGUCGUCAGAGCGAACAUUUUUCUAUGAGUCGAGAUUUGCGUUCCUCUAAUCCCAGAAAUACGAGAGAUUACGGGUACAACAGCCUAGAUAAUCAAGACGACGUUCAAGAAAGAGAAGAGAAUUUUAUACCAGGAGAACGGAGAUAUUUCCACAAACAAAUUUGUGAUUCUUAUACAGGACCAAAUCAAAAUCAAUCAGGAUUUCAAAAUCCUGGCGAAUCAUUCGAGCCUCCACGCCGUCCUAAAGGCAGCUUUGUUUUUUCAAACUGUCCAAAUAAAAGAGAACUAGCCGUUGUUGGUAGAAACCGCCCGUAUUAUGAAGAUAGCGAAUUGGAUGGAAGCUCUGUGAAUAGCGACAGUGAUGACUGUAAUGGUCAUAAUUGGCGUCCCAAUGAAAAUAUCAGAAAGCGUGAUCAUCAGACUGAGCAAAAUGGGCAUUCAUCUAGAAGUCAUAUUAUUACAACAACAGAUUUCAAUCAAAAUCAAAAUAAAACAAAGCCGACUAUAUUAUCAACCGAUCUCAAUGUUGGUGGACGGUUUGGUGAGCUGCCUGGUGAUAUGGAAGAGAAUCAAAAUGUUUCCGGAAACCAGCGUGAUAAAAUCUUAGUAAUCCCUGGUAAAGUGAAUAAAGACAACGGUCAUAGUGAAAAUAUCACUUCAGACUUCCCCACCUUCCAUGAAGGACUAAUAAUUUGCAAAUAUUCUCUAACGAAUCAGGAAAUCAAUCAAAAAAAUGUAGAUUCUAUCAAGGCUUUUAAAACAUGGAGAAGUGAAGGACUGUUUCUGCACGGAGUUACUACAGAUGAUGUCAAAAUUGACAAACUUUACGGAUUACUGAGUGGAAACCAUUCAGUCAAGAAGACUGUAAUCUUCGUGAGUUCGCCAACAAGAGGUGAAGAGCUCUCUGAAAUUCUGUCACAUUUGAAUAUUGUGAAAAGUAACAUUAUGAUCACCAGCGAGUCUGCAUGUCCCCCUAUCGGAAUCGAUCAAUUCAUCCAAUUUGAUUUUCCGAAAGAGGAAGAAAGAAGUAAAGACAUGUUUCAUAGGUGCAGACAAGUUGGUAAGGUGAAGGACACAGCUAUUCAUGUCCUGAUUCAUCAAAAGGAACUUCUAAAUUAUUCUGAAGCCAAGGAACUGAAAAGAAUUUAUGAAGAAGAGUACAGAGCAUUAUUUCCUGGUUUUUUGACGAAAGCUUAUCAACGCGCAUAUAAGUACAGACGUUUUGAUAAAUAUAAGAAUGCAAAGUGGCUCGGUAAACGUACCAAUGUGCCAGUUCAAAGAAAAUAUAUGGAUGGAUUUCCUGCGGAGCUUUCUGAGGAUGAUUGGUGA